UGAUGACGUCUAUAGCAUCCUUAAUGUGACUUAUUGAAAAAAGGCAAGGCUCACGAUAGAUGGAUAAAAAUCCGUGGCAAUCACAGCACAGAGCAAAAAGUUUAGAACAAAGACAUGUAGACUAAGGACGGCAUUGCUUUUCAUUGAGUUUUUUGUUUGUUCAAACGACUAGUCAUACAUUGUGUAUAAGAGUGCAGAGGUUGGAGAUUCUGAGGGACAAGCAAAGAAUCGGCGGAGGCGCUUCAGCAAGAGGUGCCGUGAGAAAGAUAUCCAUCUCUCACACACUCAGCACUAGCCGCGCCCGGAUCGCAUCCAACAGCAGUAGCCUCUUCUCCCUCUGCUUUAGCAUGGCCAGGUCUAGUAGAGCGACUUUAGUCUUGCUCAUCUACGGAAUCAUAAUGCACUACAGCGUCUUCUGCGCCCCUAUUGGACUAAGUUACCCAAAGAUUAGACUUGAAAACGACGCAUAUGAUGAAGACGGAAAUUCGUUAUCUGAUAUGGCUUUUGACAGUGAUCAAAUUGCUAUACGAAGCCCCCCAUCUUUAGACGACGACGUGUACACGCUGUACUACCCACCAGAGAAGAGAACAGAGAGGCACGCAGAUGAAGAAUUAGAUAGAGCCUUGAGAGAGAUCCUGGGUCAGUUAACAGCGAGGCAAUAUCUGCAUUCUCUGAUGACAAUACGUGUAGGGGAGGAGACCAGUAUGGAAGACGAGUCGGAACCGUUAUCCAAAAGACAUUCGGAUGGGAUCUUCACUGACAGCUAUAGUCGUUACCGAAAACAGAUGGCAGUCAAGAAGUACCUCGCAGCGGUCCUGGGAAGAAGGUACAGACAGAGAGUUAGGAACAAAGGACGUCGGCUUUCAUACUUGUAGCGUCUUUAGAGAGCCCAAAAUGCCCUCCUGUGUAUAUAUCCAAUCGUAAAAUCAAAGUCAUUCUGAUAUAACUGACCAAACAGUGGAUUGCGCCUGUGUUCUUUAAACAUGUAUUUAUGUAUGAAGUAAAGCCAUUAAAAUGAAUAUUUUAAUAAUAAUAUUGUUUUUCUUUUUGUACAAAAGCACUUGAUACCGCACUGUUAUACUUUGUGGACCAAUCCUUUAUUUUCACGUCAAUAUGUUGAAAACGAAAAAAAAAAAAAAGAAACAUUAAUUAGAAAAAAGGAAAUUGUGCACCUUCAGCAGUAUGCGCUUGAAAUCUUAAAAAAGUCAUCUACAUAUGCAGAAAAUAAAUAGAUUUUAAAAAGACAAUCAAAGUAUUGAAUGUUAUACUUAUUUUUGUAAUCAACGUUCUAUUUUUUUAGCUGUUGUUUGUUUUCCAAACAGGCCCAAAGAUGCAGUGGGUGUGCUCAGUAAAAUAUACAGACAGUCUGAUAUCAAUUGAUAGAUGUUUCCGAUCCAAAGCCUAUCACAUAAUUUACCUAUGAGUGGGUGUCAUAUGUGGGGUUCACAAUCCCUCCAGAUACCUUUUGGAACGGAGGCCUAAAUGGGCUUUGGUUGUAUUGGACAAAUGCCUCUCCGGGAUUUGUGAGGAUUAAUCCCAGCCUGUCACUCACUCAUGGGAUAACUGUGUGACAUGUGGUAAAGUGGUCAUUGGUGGUAAUGGUUGUGAUUUCACCAUGUACACUUCUAGUUAUAGGUGAAGCUCUAGGCGUUCACUGUUAGAUUCUCAUUAGCUGCCUGCUCACCUGCUAGUCCUUCCCUCAAGAACAAGUACUGAUACAUGAGCUAUUAAUGAAUGUUUGGUGUGUAUUGUAAAGUAUGCACAGUAUGUAGAUUUCAUUUAAAUCCAAAAAAGGAAUCUUGCUUUUUCAGUUUUCUUGUAAGCUUCCACUGUUGGGUUAUGUUCAAUGCUCAGAUCCACCCACAGGUAAUAGGCCUAAACCCAGAAAUUAGGUUUUAUCUUUUGGAAACACUCAGUUUAACAAAAAUAUUUUACAGGCAGUUUUUUGGUUAAUAACUUAAGUCUUGUGUUGGCUAACUGCAUGUUGUGUUGUUUGGAUAGUGUUUUGUUGGAGCAGGUUGUUAGUCUAGUUGGAUCUCAGUCUCCCUCAGAGAAUGUUACAUAAAUUUAAGAAAUACUGCAUUGACUUGUUGAAUUACACCGCUUGCAAUCAUAAGAAUAUUUUGGAAGCCCUUACACACUGCCUUGUCCAUGUGACUUAUAGUAUAUUUAUCUAAAUAUUAUGGAUCCCUUGCCUAAAGAUUGGCUCAACUAAUGUGUUGCUUUCCCUGUGAUAUAUGCUUACUGUUAUGAUAAUAGUGACUCGUGUUAGGUGUCUUAAAGAUUUUCUAUGUAACAAUGAGAGAAAGGUCUAAAAGCAAGAGAUAAAGAGAGAGAGAGAGAAUGAAAGAGAUAGAAAGAGAGAGAGAGACAGAGAAACAGAGAGAGAGCAUGAAAGAGAGAGAGAAAGAGAGAGAGAGACAAGCAGGCAUAAACAGCCAAGACAAAUGAGUGCACACACAGUGAUGUGAAUGAGCAUGUUACAUAACACAGAGGGGGUGUUGCCCAGAGAGAGGUCGUCACACCUGGUUACGGACACAACAGCCCAUGUAAGAGGUAUCACUAUGCCUCCGAGAGACAAAGAGAGAGAGAGAGAGCGAGAGAGGGCAGUGUCAACAAGUUCUGACAGAGAGACCGUCUGCCAUUUAAAUCCCUCCACAUUCCUCCAGUAUAGAGAUUCAUAAGGGGACUGAGGCAGCACAACAAUAGGAAAAGGUCACAAUGGUCUCUAAUGCUAUUUUAAAGACUUGGAGGGAUGAACACACAGUCGCAUCUCCUACAGAGGGUUAGAGAUCCUCCCCUUUUAGAGAUCCUGGAUGCAUUUAUUCAGUAUUAUGCAAAUAUAGCAUUAUGCGCCCUAUGGUUUUUAUCCUUGGCCUGCGUCCCAUGCAAGUAUCAAAAUAUAAUCUUUCUUCAAUCUGGCUCCUUCUCCUGCAGCCUGUGUGUGUGAGUGCGCGUUUGAGGAUGUGUGUGUGUAUGAGAAUGUGCGCAUGUCUAAAUGAGUGACUGAAAGUGCAUGUGUGUGAGAUGGAAACUGAUUUUGGCUUCGGUGCCUUGCUUUGACAUGAGAAAAAAAAACAAAUCGCCACAAGUGACAGAUGGCAAUUUUAGUGGCCCUACAAUGCUGCAGUCCAUUAGCUUACAUUCAACUUGCUUUACUCUCUUUGAUUGCUCAUCUUGGUUCGACCAAGAAACGGUAGAAGUAGGCAUUCAAAGCAUGGCCAACCACUGAGUGAGAUAUUUAGGUUAGUAAGUUGAUGGGGCUGGCAAAAUGUGUGUGUUUAGUGUCUGUGAGAGUUGUGAAACCAAUUACCAGUGUUUAAUGUUGAUUACAAGGUGUUGUUGAUUGUUUGAUAUUGAUCCGUAACUUACUUACCUUAAACAAAUGAUCGUCCCGUUCACAGUUCUGUCCACAUCCGUAACACGAUGACGGACUCAUGUCCAGUUCAUAGCAGCGCCUAUUGUUGAUUUUUCUGAAAGCGCCAAACGCCUUACUUCAAUGUUACAAGUUUGAUCUUUACCUAUAUGAAAAAAAUGUGUUAAAACCGUGAAUCUUAGUAGAGUGGCAUCAUUAUACACACAGGAGCCCUAACGGGGGGUUUUCGUUUCUAAAUGUUAUGAAAAUGUUGUAUGAUUUGUAUUAAUAAAUUUU